CCGGUACGCUGGUGACGUUUUCGUCAGGGGGCGGGGUCCACGACCCGAGAUAAACAUGGAGUCUAUAUUUCAUGAGAAACAAGAAGGAUCUUUGUGUGCUCAGCACUGUCUCAAUAACUUAUUGCAAGGGGAAUAUUUCAGCCCGGUGGAGUUAUCUUCUAUAGCAAUGCAGUUGGAUGAACAAGAGAGGAUGAGGAUGGCCGAAGGAGGCUUAGCCAGUGAAGAGUACAGGAUAUUCAUGCAACAACCCUCUGGAAACAUGGACGACAGUGGGUUCUUUUCCAUCCAGGUUAUAAGCGAUGCCUUAAGAGUGUGGGGGUUAGAACUAAUUCUAUUCAACAGUCCAGAGUAUCAGAUGCUUGGAAUCGAUCCCAUAAAUGAAAGAGCCUUUAUUUGUAAUUAUAAGGAACACUGGUUUACAGUCCGGAAAUUAGGAAAACAGUGGUUUAAUUUAAAUUCUCUGUUGACGGAUCCGGAGUUAAUAUCAGACACUUACCUUGCACUAUUUCUAGCCCAGUUGCAACAAGAAGGCUAUUCCAUAUUUGUAGUUAAGGGCGACCUCCCGGAAUGUGAAGCAGAUCAGCUUCUCCAAAUGGUUCUGGUACAGCAAUUUCAGCGACCAAGACUCAUAGGAGAGGAUGCAGCAGCAAGAGACAGAAGGGUGCAAAUGCAGGAGCAGGCCAUAGAGGGAGAACCCUUAUACGAAGCACCUGUCAUGAUGGAUGAGGAUGAGGAAAACCUGCAGAAAGCGCUAGCUCUCAGUCGGCAGCAGAUUGAUAUGGAAGAUGAAGAAGCAGAUUUGCGCAGAGCCAUUCAGUUAAGCAUGCAAGGUGGCAAUCGAAGCGAGUUUACAGAUUCUCUGUCACCAAACAUUCCUCAAUCGUCCGAGACCAGUGACUCUCUCUCGUCAGAAGAGCUGCGACGAAGGAGACAGAUGUACUUUGAGAAGCAGCAGCAGCAGUUAAAGACGGACACACCGACCUCGGCUGCAACUGAAGACACUACUAAAACACUAACAAACGACACAGAUGCAUCUAUGAAUGAAGACGUGCUGAAGGCUGCUAUGAAUAUGUCUCUGGAUAAAGUUGGAACCAACUCGAAACCUGCAGAGGAGAAAUGACAUAAUCCCUUUAGCCUGUGCACAUGCUGUCCCUGUGUGACCCAUCUCCUCUGUCACACAGGUAGUGAGGAUGUACAUAUUGAGUCCACGUUCUGAAUAACGUUUGCUUGGGAUAUUUCCUGAUGCUUUUAUGAAUGUCGUUUCUUUUUUUUUUUUUAUUCUUCAUAUAUAGAUAGGUUUGUUUCCAGAAUGGCCUUUGGACCUGCAUUUUCUUUUUCCGUUCCCAUUUUGUACCUGCUAUACACAGAUCUAUCCAUAACACAACUCUGCUUAAUAAAACUUGCUGUAAGGAUAAUGUCAACGUGACCAAAUUAACCAUAACCAUUUCUGCAGCGGCAUGCCAAGCAAUAGUCCCGAUCACACAUACAUACUAACCUACCCUUUUUCAGUUUAACCUUUUUGUUUUCGGAGGGUCAGUGGUCCAUUUCUCCGUAACAUGUUUUGUCCCUCCUGAUUUUUGUUGCUUUUAACGCGGUUUACAAACUACGGCUGUUCUCAUGUUUUUUUUAUGUCAACACUGUAUUCAAAUGGAUUUAUAAUUACAGUACAGUAUUUCUCGUGAUCCGGUGAUGAGAAGAGAAGUUAAAUCCUCUUUUAUAGUUGUGGUCCAGCAGGGGUGACAGUGCUUUCUCUCUUGUUUAUAAAAUGGUUUCCAUACGAAAAAAAGAUUUUUGUUGUUAUGACUACAUUUUACAGCUUGACUCUAGCACCAUCCAUUGGCUAUAAUUGAUACUAUGUGAUGGAGUAGAUAGUUCCCUCCACUCCCCUUUGAAGACGAUGUAAAUAUGUCUGUUUUGUGAUUAUUUCAGACUUAGAAGGGAGUGAUGAUCAUAUAGUUUCAAAAUAAAGAAUUACAUUUUUUUUUUUUAAAGUGCAUGCAGCAGUUAACAUGAAUAGUUGUCCGUGUGAGGCAUCAAUAUUAAAUUGUUAUAACACAAAGGGGACAUUACGUUAUGCCAGACUAUCUGCACUAGUUUUUAAUAUGUCAGGCUGUCAUUACCCUAAGCAAGCCAGAGGCGGACAGAAGAGAUUUAGUGGGUCAGGUGGUUUAGUGGUACUCCGUUAACCCUAGGGUGGAGGAAAAAUAUGCGAGAAGUUGUGCUUCACGGGUGAGCAGGUGGCUGUCGCAUAAUAAUGUGGAAUCAUACAUGCCCAUAGUUAUUUUAGUUUUGCAAGAACUGCAUUACAUAUAAGCACAUUUUUGUACAGUGCUUUUUACAGUCCCCCAUAAAGCAUGCUUGGUCAGGAAGUAGAUCCCAACGAUUGCAGAACUGCAACACCCAUGAUGUUUUGCUAUCCUUAGUUACUAAAGCACCACGAGCAUUGUAGUUUUAAUUAAUCUCCAUUUCUGUGCUCACAAACCUCAAAGGACCACUAUACUGCCCGGAAAACACACUUGUUUUCCUGGCACUAUAGGGUCUUUAGGUCCCCCCCACCCUCAGGGUCCCACUCCCACUGGGCUGAAGGGGGAGGAAGGGGUUAACCACUUACCUUUCUCCAGCGCCGGGCUCCCUUGGCGCUGGGGAACUCUCCUCCCUCUUCCGACGUCAGCGAUGAAUGCACAUGCGGGCAAGAGCCCUGCGCACAUUCAAUCAGUCCAUAGGAAAGCAUUACUCAAUGUUUUCCUAUGGAUGUCAGCGUCUUCUCACUGUGAUUUUCACAGUGAGAAGAGCGGAUGCGCCUCUAGCGGCUGUCAAUGAGACAGCCACUAGAGGCUGGAUUAACUCUAAGGUAAACAUAGCAGUUUCUCUGAAACUGAUAUGUUUACAGCUGCAGGGUUAACCUUAGAUGGACCUGGCACUCAGACCACUUCAUUGAGCUGAAGUGGUGUGGGUGCAUAUAGUGGUCCUUCAAGUCCAGUGCAGGUUUGGAUCCAAGUCCUUUUGUAUAGGAUUUGAUAAAGUCCAUAUGUAAAGCAGGAAAGGCAGUUACUUGGGCUUUUUUUUAUGAUAUAAAAACAUUCCUUAACCAUAAUUUAAAAUAACACAUUGCGUCCUAAACACAGGCACAUUGAUAACUCCUUAUGGAUCACAAUCUGGUUCUUAAAGACCCAAUGCUAGUAUGGAAUGUCCUGCCUAUUGUUCAUUCGCAGCUCUCUACAGCCUGCAAUCAUUAAAGGACCAUUAUAGUGCCAGGAAAACAAACUCGUUUUCCUGGCACUAUAGUGUUAAUAGGUCGCCCCCCUGCCAGGCUCUAGGGGGAGGAAGGGGUUAAAGGCUUAAUUUCUCCAGCGCCGGGCUGGGGACUCUGCUCCUCCCUCCGACCUCAUCGGCUGAAUGCGCAUGCGCGGCGAGACCCGCGCAUUCAGUCAGUCUAUAGGAAAGCAUUCUCAAUGCUCUCCUAUGGAUGCUGGCAUAUUCUCACUGUGAUUUUCACAGUGGGAAGCGCCUCUAAAGGCUGUCAAUGAGAGAGUCACUAGAGGCUGGAUUAACCCAAAUAUAAACAUAGCAGUUUCCUUGAAACUGCUAUAUUUACAGCUGAAUUGUUAACCCUAGAUGGACCUGGCAC